AAUCUUCUUCUCAAACCAAAGAAUGGUGAAACCCUUAGGAGAAGAAACAAGAGAUGUCUCUAAUGGUGGUUGUAAAUCAGUUGAUCUCACCCAUCUCCUCCUAGCUUCUCUUGGUGGUCUUGCCGCCGCCGCAGCAGCUGCUUUCGCCGGAGAAUCAUUCCUUCGACGCCGGAAACUUGAUCAAGGUGCUUCCAUGGGGUAUAAAGAUGUGAAAAUAUCCCCUUUGAUUGAGAGGAAAGAUUCAGGUCGACGAUCAAACCUCGAGAGAUUCUCCCACUAUGUUGCAAGGCAGCUAGGAUUUGAGGAUCCAAAUGAAUACCCACAACUCUGCAAAUUAGCAAAUGGAUAUUUGUUGAAAACAAAGGGAUAUGAUGAGAAUGUGUAUGAGUAUUUGGUGAAUGAAGCUGAGGCUGAUUCUCUCUAUGUUCAUCUCCUUGAAGAAUUUGAGAGAUGCAUUCUCACUUAUUUUGCUUUCAAUUGGACCCAAUCUUCCAGCCUCAUCUCUCAGGCUUUAAGCGAUGAAUCGGAUCAGAAAGUACCAAAACUCAAAGAUUUCGUGAUGGCAGCGACAAGGAAACAGCGGUUUGAGAGAGUGACAAAAGACUUGAAGGUGACAAGGGUAAUUUCGACAUUAGUAAAAGAGAUGAGAACCAUCGGCAGCGGAAGCGGUGAGCCGCAUUGUACGGAAGUGAUGUCUCCGGUGGCUCACAGCAAACGAAGUCCCGUCCUCCUCCUUAUGGGCGGAGGAAUGGGUGCCGGAAAAAGCACCGUCCUCAAAGAUAUCUUCCAAGAGUCAUUUUGGUCGGAGGCAGAGGCAGACGCGGUGGUGAUAGAGGCGGAUGCGUUUAAGGAGACGGAUGUUAUUUAUAGAGCUCUUAGCUCUAGAGGUCACCACGAUGAUAUGCUUCAAACUGCUGAAUUGGUCCAUCAAUCAUCAACCGAUGCUGCAUCGUCCCUACUAGUAACAGCAUUGAAUGAUGGACGUGAUGUGAUAAUGGAUGGAACACUAUCAUGGGAGCCAUUCGUUGAACAAAUGAUCGAAAUGGCAAGAAACGUCCACAAACAAAAAUAUCGAAUGGGCGUAGGCUACAAGGUGUCCGAAGAUGGGACAAUAACCGAAAAAUAUUGGGAAGAAGAAGAAGAAACGAAAGAAAACGGGAAACAAAAAAUCUUCAAACCUUACAGAAUCGAGCUGGUCGGUGUGGUUUGUGACGCUUAUCUCGCUGUAGCAAGAGGCAUAAGGAGAGCUCUAAUUGUGAAGAGAGCAGUGAGAGUGAAACCGCAAUUGAAUUCACACAAGAGAUUCGCUAAUGCAUUCCCAAAGUACUGUGAGCUUGUCGAUAACGCUAGGCUUUAUUGUACCAAUGCUGUUGGUGGUCCUCCAAGGCUCAUAGCGUGGAAAGACGGAAAUAGUAAGCUUCUGGUGGAUCCAGAGGAUUUUGAGUGUCUAAAACGGGUCAGCAGUCUUAACCCGGAUGCAGAAUCCAUUUACGAGCUUUACCCGGAUCCGAGCCAAUUAUCCAAGCCCGGUUCUGUUUGGAAUGAUGUCGUUUUAGUCCCAUCGAGGCCCAAGGUCCAGAAGGAACUUAGCGAUGCAAUCAGGAGAAUUGAAAAGGCCCAACCAAAAAAUUGAUGAUAUUUGUGAACUAAACCCUUGAAAUUCUUAUUUUCCUGAAUUUGUCAUUUGUUUCCGUCAGGUCCUGUCGUUUUUUUGUAUUAGCCUAAAUAAGUUAAUAAAAUGAUAUAAAAUGC